CACGCCUAUCUAUAACAUUAAAUUAAUAACUAAAAAUAAUCACCUAAUCAUGGCGACUUCUCCUUCUGGUCUAGAUCCUCCUGCCGCCCUAAUGGUCGAAGACGGGGCAGAUGGAGGGGGAGGAGAAGAGGAAUCUACGAGGAUGAAAGUGCUGGAGGAUAUGGUAAAGAAAUUAAAGCUGGAGAAAGAAGAACUUAUGAAUCAAAUGUCCAACAGUAGAGGAGAUGAUGAUGAUAGUAGUUCCUCGUCUCUUCUUAAUGGGAACGUCCGGGUCACUACGCCCAUCAGCCUCGAAGACAAUGAUGACAUUCUAGAAAUGAUUAGUGACAAAGAAACGGAAGACGACAUGUGGUUAUACGUGUCACCACUUCGCCCACCCACAAAAGAGCAUAAGAAGAUAAGUCCGUCACAAUGGCUCUCAGAAGGGAAGAUGAGACAGAGAGCGUCAUACAGGGAGCAAUCCUUUCAAGACAUCAAGACCUCACUCGCUUUUGCCAUGAGCGAAACAGAAGUAGUGCCAAAAAUGUCUUCAUCAAAACUGUCAAAAGGCGGACGAGCUUCUCCAUCUAAUAAAACAGCACAGAAGUAUUUGAAUGAAGUGAGGAGAAGGAGGAAUUCACUAAGCGAGUCUGAGGACAGCUCUUCUGAGAGGGGAGGUCCCUCUCCGUCCCGUUCACCUGUACCAACCGUUCGCAAGUCGGACACAUUUACCAAGAAAGCUCGUAAUGUUCCCGUAAGACCAGUAGUGCCAGCACAGGCUCCUCGUGGUAUCGGAGCCGCUGGAAGUGAUAGAGAUAAUGAUUCCAGCUCUUUAAAAGUAAAAAGAUGGGAUCCUUCAAAGGCUGCAGUGACAAGCGACGGAGAGGAAGAGGAGGAGGAGGAGCCAAGGAGGUGGAAGGUAAAGCAAGUUCGUGGUACGCCACCUCCAACUAAUAAGUGGAAAGUGAAGCAAGUCCCUGAUAGUGAAGUAGGAGGGGACGAGGCGAGCGAGUCCAGUCCACAAGAAGAGAGGAAAUGGAAGGUAAAGCAGGUUGUUGAUCCCAGCCCGAAUGAAGAAGAGAGAGAGCAAGAUGAGGUCAUACCUAAUCUACAAAGAAAAUGGAAGGUCAAGCAAGUUAUUGAUCCCGGCCCGAAUGAAGACGAGAGAGAGCAAGACGAGGUCAUACCUAAUCUGCAAAGAAAAUGGAAGGUCAAGCAAGUGGUUGAUCAUAAUGAGGACGAGGGGAAAGAGGAGGAGGAAGAGGAGGUUCCUCAGAGGAAGUGGGCAGUGAAGCAAGUACCUGAUGCUAGUGAAGAGUCAAGACCGAUAAACGUUACUAGAGAGAGCACUCCAACCCAAGAACCACCUCGGAGGAAAGGGACUUAUACUCUUGAGGACGAGGAGGGAGAGGAGGAGAGAGAGAUGCAGCAUCGUAAGAUUGAGAGGAAAGGAACGUACACGGCCAUCGGAGGAACAGAGAAAGAAGAGGGAGAUAGGGGAGAAAAGAAGAGAGAGGAGGAGGGGGAGGAGGAGAGAGAGGUGCAGCAUCGUAAGAUUAAGAGGAAAGGAACGUACACGGCCAUUGGAGGAACAGAGAAAGAAGAGGGAGAUAGGGGAGAAGAGAAGGGAGAGGAGGAGGGGGAGGAGGAGGAAGAUGAGAAAAAGGGAGGAGCUACUGUGAAACGUAGUGGAACUUUUACUAAAGAUAAGCCGAAGGUGUACUCGAGGCGACCGGAUAACGAUGGAGGGAGGGACAGCUCAGCUAGCGAUAGGACAAUGUCACCAAUAGACCCCGGAGAGAAUCUUAAGAUAAAAUGGACUCCAACGAAUAGGAACCCUUCUCCGUCCUCCGGCGACGAGGGUAAGAGGACUCGGACUCAGUCACCGACUAGUCCUAGAGGAUCACCGGAACAAACGAGACAAUCUCGGUAUUCAACUCAUCAAGCUCAGUUGAGGCAAAUGCCUCAGAUGCCGCACCCAUCCAUUGGUGGGCGGGGUCAGUUCCGAUCGCCUGUUUCUAGACAGGGACUCCCGUCUCCUCUGAGGCAGCAGAGACAGGCAGACGGAGGAGGGGGAGGGACCUCUCCUUAUACCUCACCCGUCAAACCGGUCACUCCUAGACUCCGCCCACCAUCACCUAGGAGAAGCCAGCCUAGUGCUAAUGAAGAGAAUACACCAACUAGUACUCCUAGAGUAGCAACUGCUCAGACCACACCUACUGGUCACACUCCUAGGGGAAGCAGUGCUCAAACCACACCUACUGGUCACACCCCCAGAAUGAAUGCUCAAACCACACCCACUAGUCAUACCCCCAGAAUGAGUGCUCAAACCACGCCCACAGGUCAAUCGGGUAUUUCUCCGAGAGGAAGGGGAGCGAAGGGACUAUCCCCCGGUAUCAAAAUAGCGAGACCUUUGAAUCCGUCUCAAGGAGGAGGUGCUUCGUUGUCAGGGCAACAGCCACAGAGGAGGCGUAUCUUACCUGUUGCCCAGUCAACUAAAGGGAUGUCCCCACGUGCCGGGGGUAAAGUUGUGAAGAGUCCAAGGGGAACAGAGUCUGGUGGAGGGAGGGGCAAGAAACAGUCCCCACAAGAGAAACAAGAUGACAGUUGGCUUGAUGAAUGCUUUUAGAGUGUUACACAGGAACAAACAAACCUUUUUAAUCAUUAUUAUUAUUAUUAUUAUGUGUCUUGUAGUUUUGUAAAUAACAAGUUCUCUGAUUAAAAGACAGUCUUUUUCUAUACAA